AUGAAAGAAAUUCUAAAUGUACCAAUCCUUUUUUGGAUGUGUAAAUUUCACACUGAGAAAUACAGACUGUGUAAACAACUUGAGUAUGUUUGCCAUUUAGGUGCAUCGUUGCUAUUGCAUGAAUUGUCUCGAAUUCGUUCGUCAACGAAUUGCUCGUGCCAACCUCAAGAUGUCACAGUCUAUGGAAAGUGUCCAUCAAAACAUGAUCAUGGAUAUACGAUCUCAAUUGCCAUAUUAAAAUCUUUACGGAUGGAUGCACAUCAAACAGAUAAAGAAAGUCGGCUGGAAGCGAUCGGUAAAUUUGCUGAUGCGCUUCGAGCGCGAUUGAAACGUUCACAUUGCGAGGACGACGCUCUGAUAGCAGUAUCGGUUGAUGAUCGAGCGAUUUGGACGUCAGUUGGAAAAGUUGCAAGGCGCAUACUCGGUCCAGAAGUUGUGAGCAGUGUGAGUCGACGUGCAGGUGAGAUUUCAUUUUUUGGUUUUCUAAAAAAUGAACCAAAUACCUAG